AGCGAGGGAGCGCGGGAGGGGCGCGGGGACGGCCCGAGAACGCCCCGCGACUCCGGCCUGAGCGGGGCCCCGGGCCGGCCAGCCUGCCUAGCCAUGCGACCCCCGAGGUAAAGCCUGGACGGCGCCGAGGAGCGCGGAGCGGUGCGCAGCCCGUCCACCCGAGACGGCCGUCCGGCCUCGCACCUGCCUACUCCCUCCAGCCCGGACCCCCCUGAAAUAUGUUCAGGGGCGCUUGGAUGUGGCCCGGGAAAGACGCCGCCGCGCUGACUAUCUGCUGCUGCUGCUGCUGCUGGGCUCCCAGGCCGAGCGACAAACCUUGCGCCGACUCCGAACGGGCGCAGCGAUGGCGACUGUCCCUGGCGUCCCUGCUCUUCUUCACCGUGCUGCUCGCUGACCAUCUGUGGCUGUGUGCGGGCGCCCGGCCCCGGGCCAGGGAGCUGAGCAGCGCCAUGCGGCCGCUCUGGGGGGCCGGUCGCGAGCGGCAGCCGGUGCCACCCCGCGCGGUGCAGCCGCUGCCGCCGCCUUCGCCGGCUGACCCCGGCGCGCCCCCGGGCACCUGCGGCCCUCCAUACAGCAACCUGACCAAAGCCGCCCCCGCCGCCGGCCCCGGGCCGGUCUGCGGCGGCGUCCCAGAGCCCACAGGGCUGGACGCAGCUUGCACCAAAUUGGAAUCUUUACAGAGACUUUUCGAACCGACCACCCCGGCUCCCCCUCUGCGGCCCCCUGACUCCCCUUCCCGUGUCCCCGUCGAGUUCCCCUCCGCCAAAAAGAACUUGCUCAAAGGCCACUUUCGGAACUUUACUCUCUCGUUUUGCGACACCUACACGGUCUGGGACUUGCUGCUUGGCAUGGACCGCCCCGACAGCCUGGACUGCAGUCUGGACACCCUGCUGGGGGAUCUGCUGGCGGUAGUGGCCAGCCCAGGCUCCGGGACCUGGGAGGCUUGUAGCAACUGCAUUGAGGCGUACCAGCGGCUGGACCGACAUGCUCAGGAAAAAUAUGACGAGUUUGACCUCGUGCUACAUAAAUACUUACAGGCAGAAGAGUACUCAAUCCGGUCCUGCACGAAAGGCUGUAAGGCUGUCUACAAGGCCUGGCUGUGCUCAGAAUAUUUCAGCGUGACUCAGCAGGAAUGCCAGCGCUGGGUGCCCUGCAAGCAAUACUGCCUGGAGGUGCAGACCCGGUGCCCCUUUAUUCUCCCUGACAAUGAGGAGAUGGUGUAUGGAGGGCUCCCUGGCUUCAUCUGUACAGGGUUGCUGGAUACUUCACCAAAGCGGCCGGAAACCAAGUGCUGUGAUGUGCAGUGGGUCUCCUGUGAGUCUGAGAAGAAGAAGUUCAAGGAAUCUGAGGCCCCCAAAACCCACCACCAGCAAUUUCACCACUCCUAUUUCCACUAUUACCAACAGUACCACCACUACCAUCCCCACCAUGAUCCCCCAGGCCGUGCCAGCCACAAGCCCCCCCUCUUGCCGGUCUCUGGGGGCUCCCGCCUCAGCCCCAGCAGGAUCCGGCUCUGUGUCCUUGUUCUUAUGCUCCUCCAUACCGUAGUGUCCUUCUCCAGCAACCAGGGUGGUGGGGGACUGGGGCUGGAGACAGUGCCUGCCCUAGAGGAGGGCCUGACACAGGAAGAGUGACAGAAGAGAGGGAGGGCAGACCUCCACCACACACUGACAUCAGCUCCAGCCCCCCUCCACAUAGGGGGGAAGGAGUUCCUCCCAUGGGAGGUAUAGGACCAGGUGGGGGCGGGAGGAAAUGGGGGACCAGACAUCGCCCCCCAACCUGCUCCCACCCCCAAAGCAGCUCCAACAGAAUGGCCGGAGGGCCCCAGGGAGCUGCAAAACUCACCUGGGAGAAAAAGAUAGGAGCAACAGUGUCUCCUCCCAAGCCCCACCUAAUGGGGCUUAGUAAAAAAGUGUGAGGGGGGGUUGGGGGUGAAAUUGUCCACCCCUGCCAAGAGCCCUGACCCUGGGGAAGGAGGCUGCUCACCCAGCCUCGGCCCUGCUGGGAAUGUUGGGGGGCACAGAGGGGAGUAGUUCUCCCCCCUCCGCAUUCCUUCUGUUGCCAAGAUCCUUAAUUCCCUCCUGCCCAUAUCCCUACAGGCUACAACGGCAGACAGUGCGGUUGCCCUCCUGCCACUUCAGUGCACCCUGUAUGUGGGGCCAGGUGAAGCAUCAGGCUGGGAGAUGAGGCACACAGUUGUAGCUAGGUCGGGGCCCCAGUUAAGUUGCACCCCUCCCACCUUAGACAAGGAGAGGUUGGAACUGGAUAUGGAAUAGGUGGUAAAGAGAAUAAAAAUGUGGAAGGGGAGAGAAGAGAGAAGUGGACAGAGGGCCUGGAGAGAUAGUUGAAUGGACUACUGCUACCUGGCUAUGGGGAGGUAGGUGAUUAGGGUUGUGCAGGCUCCAGAACUGCUCCCCAAAUCAGGAAGAGGUGCACAAGGAGCUCUGUGGGGGAAAAAAAAUCCCAGGAGCCAAAACUAGAAGGUUGAGGGCACAUGACUGGACUGCCGCUGUCUGGAGGGCCAUAUCUUACAGAAGGUGCACACACUCCCUAGGGCUGCUCUUGCCCUGGAAAUCUUGGCCUUGUGGCCACAGAGCUUUCAUUUCUGAUCUCCACAGAGAGGAGGGACUUGAGCCCAAGUGGGUCAGGCCUGGCCUGGGUCCUCACACUCCUUUAUCUUGUUCUAGCCCAGGCCUCCAUGAAGGAGAACCUGGUGGUAUUGCCCUAGAGCUCUCCAGAGAUGAGCCUCUGCAACCCAACCCUAUCUCCAACCCCAGCCUACCAAAGAGUAUUUAUCCCUUCCCAUCCCUGACCUCGUGGCUUACUGUCCUACUGUGGGACAGCCAGACUGCUCCUCACCCUUUAGCAGGUCCCUUUCUCUAGUCACCCCUUGCCCUUGCUGGACAAAGUUCAGAGACUGGCGAGAGGGCUCUUUAACUGGAGAUAAUGUGCUGCUGCUGACCCUUGGCUGAGAAACUUUAGUCAGGCUGGAGGGCUGAGUGAGAGAUGAGGCAUAGACAGUCCCUUGGGAGCCCUAAACUUUUCACUGAUCUGAAGGGGGAGGGAAGCCACAUUGCCUGGGCUUCCAAAAGCCGAUAGACCUGACAAGAACAGGAGCUAGACCUGUGUGGGACAGGCCAGUUUCUUUCAGGGGUUAAAAGAAUGAAUGAGGGAGGACAGGCCUGGAGCAGCAUUCUACUGAAACUGGGGAAGGAGGGAGGCAGAGCUGGACCUUGCCAGCUUUGGGAUGAAUGAGUCCUCCCUAGUAGAGAAGAAUUGCUUCAUUCAAGGGCCAUGGCUGGGUCCCAAAUCAGCUUUUUGAGCCUAGGGAACCCGUCCCUGCCAGUUUACUCAUGUCUCAUAGCCUGUUCCCCGGCAGUGUGACCCCCAUCCUUUGGCCCUCAGCAUUUCGGGCCUGGCCACAUACCCCAUCCCUAGAGUGCUUUUCAGCUGGGGAGGGGAAGAGGUGCUGGCUCCUUUCCAGAUGUGCUUAUGUAUAAGUGAAAAGCAGGGUCUUGGGCUUCAAGAGCCCCAGGUACUGCCUUCUAACUUCUGCAUCCUCAGGAGGGGAAAAGGGACUGGGCAGCAAAGGGGAACAACAUGGCCCCAGGGAAUGAACCCUUGGAGACUCCCAUCCUCUCUUCCCCCUCACCAAGUGCCCAGGAGACCCCUGGCUCAGACCAGCCCAAGGCCUUGCCCAGUAGCAGGGGAAAGGGGCACCACACUCCACCUCAAAGUCAUUUACCCCACCGCCCUGAUUUCCACCACCUCUCCAGCUGCCCCUGCCCUCCGUCACAGGCAGCAGAGCUGGGCAGCUUUCUUAUGCCAUUUUCUACACUGUGCUUCAUGAGUAGGACUUUCUUGCACUAGUUCCUAUGACUGAGUCUCCAAGCUGGUUUCCUAGUAGUCCCCCAUUCCUUCCUCCCUUCCCUGGCUAUGGUUCAGUUGUCUCUGCCCUCCCUCUUACCUGCCUCUGUGUUUCAGUGAGAGUGUCUGUAUGUGUACUGCUUUCUGUUCUUUUGCAUUGUGGGGCAGAGGACUCUGCUCUUGUUUAACCCCAUAAAGAAAUAAAUGGUAAGACUUGAUGA